CACAUUUCUCCUUCCACUUUGUUCGCCAACAUGCUGCAGGACUGCUCGCAUUGUUGGCCAGACUGAUUGGGGUUUCAGCACAAUCUCCCGUGACCAAUGAGCGGGGUGCUGUCAGGGGUAACCACAUCUGUCAGGCGUUCUCGGCCAAUAAAGAGCGGAGCGAGGCGGACCACAGGUGCGCGCCUCUGCGUCCCCUUGGCACAGCGCCCGGGAGAUGCUGGAGAGAGACGACUAUAGUUGCCCCGUGGCGCAAAGAGAGUUCCUGUCAGAGGCAGCCUCCCUCUUUAACUCCGGCUACCACUCUGGCUCCGAGAGAGUUUAUGGCGACCGCCGCGUCCAACCACUACAGCGUCCUCACCACCCCCAGCAGCGCCCCGCCGCAGCACUCGGAGUCCGGGAGCAUGCAGCAGGCGGCAGCAUACAGGGACGCGCACACCCUGCUCCAGAACGACUACGGCACGCUACCGAGCGGUGGGCAUCCGCUCAGCCACGCGCACCAGUGGAUCGCGGCGCUCUCUCACGGUGACAGCGGGGCGCCGUGGCCGUCCAGUCCCCUCCGAGAGCAGGACGUGAAGCCCAUACUGCAUGACAGUGACCGAGAAGAGCUGCAGAACUCCAGCAGCCUGCAGCAGCAGCAACAGCGACACCCUCACCUAGCGCACCAGCCGCAUCACGACGCCAGAGCAUGGCGAAACAGCACGGCCACGACGCACAUCACCGGCAUGGCGACAUCUGAGGGACAGAGCAUGGUGUACUCCCAGUCCGGCUUCGGUCUGAUGCCGGGGGGAGAGCAAGGGGGGAUGCACCACCACCCCAUGCGGGACGAGGACCAUCACAGCCACAGCCCGCACCUCAGUGAGCACGGGGGCGGCCCCGGGGCCCACCACCACCAGCAGCACGGGGGGCAUCAGGACCAGUCGGACGAGGACACGCCGACCUCGGACGAGCUGGAGCAGUUCGCCAAGCAGUUCAAGCAGCGGCGGAUCAAGCUGGGCUUCACCCAGGCGGACGUGGGGCUGGCCCUGGGGACCCUCUACGGGAACGUCUUCUCUCAGACCACCAUCUGCAGGUUCGAGGCGCUGCAGCUCAGCUUCAAGAACAUGUGCAAACUCAAGCCGCUGCUGAACAAGUGGCUGGAGGAGGCGGACUCCACGUCGGGAAGCCCCACCAGCCUGGAUAAGAUCGCAGCGCAGGGGAGGAAAAGAAAAAAGCGGACCUCCAUCGAGGUGGGCGUCAAGGGCGCUCUGGAGAGCCAUUUUCUGAAAUGCCCCAAACCUGGAGCGGCGGAGAUCAACUCCCUGGCGGACAGCCUGCAGCUGGAAAAGGAGGUGGUGAGGGUCUGGUUCUGUAACCGGCGGCAGAAGGAAAAGAGAAUGACCCCCGCUGGGGGACAGAUACCAGGAGGGGAGGACAUGUACGGGGACACCCCUCCUCACCACGGAGGACAGACUCCUGUGCAGUGACCCCUGUCCAGUAUUUUCGUUGUUAUUUGGGGAGAAAACACGAACCUCUGAAGGAGGCGGCUUCUUAUUUGUUAAAUUCUCAGUGCUGGAACUGGACUUCAGCCAGUUUUAAGUGUUGGACGAACGCAGGGAUGCAGAGUGGCACCCCGGUGCUAAAAACACUCAGAGCAGAGAUGUGUAGAAUGGCUUCAUGCCAGGCAUAAUGAGCUAGUGUGUGCUAACCAAAAUGGGCAAGAAGAAUAAAAAUAAAUAAAUAAAAAUAAAAAAAGAUGGGGGAAAAGCAUCGACAUUUUCCGCGUCAAUCUUUAAAGAAAGGCAGCAGGAAAGCUAUAGGAACAGGCUGCAGUUAGUCUGGGUAAAUAAACGCCAUCUUUCCAUCAUAACAAAAGCGACAGGGAUCCUGCAGCUUGUGGCAAAAGAGAGGGCUGAAAUGGCAGACACCUGCUGUAGCCCAAUACCAGCCAAACGAUUAUUAUUAUUAUUAUUAUUAUUAUUAUUAUUAUUAUUAUUAUUAUUAUUAUUAUUAUUAUUGCGUACGUUAUCUUUAAAAAAUAAUAAAACAAACAAAUAUACAUAUAAGAAUAAUAUAAAACAAUUACUAUUACUUCCAUUACUACGAAUAAUAAUUAUAAUAAUGUGAAUAAUAAUGAUAAUAAUAAUAAUAAUGAUGAUGAUGAUAAUAUUAAAGUGUAUGUAUUGGUUGGCCCGUGCGUUCCUUUCUGUGCGUCCGUUUACACUGUGUUUUUUGCUGUUGGUUAUUUACUUUCCCCAAAAUGCUGUGACGAAACAGACCAAGACUGUCCGACUGGAGCAUUCAAAACGACCCAGUUCAUUUUUUGGCCUUGCUCUCUUUAAAUAAUAACAAGGAGGGAGAUCUUUAAAGUGACCCUCGUUCACUGAGAAUACCGUGUUUUUUAAAGAAAAAAACUGUGGCUUUACUAUGUUUGUCAACUGUUUUUCUUUUCUUAUUAUUUUUUCAUGUCAAACUGUGCCAAAGCACAAACACAGACACGUGUUCUUGUGCCACCUUAAUCCUGUGAUUAUGAUCUGAUAUGUAAGAUGUUUCAGUGGGGAUGUCCUCCAGAAGUUGGAGAUCAAAUCUCUGACACGUUUUAAUUCAAAUCUCGAAGGUCAGAAACUCAAAUGUAAUUGAGGAAUUUUGAUGGCUGCAGGCAAAUUGUUAUUUGAUUAUUGUAAAUAAUCAUAAUGAUAAUUUCCAUCUCUUUUAUUCUUGCCAAUCAGCAGAAAAAAAGCAAUAGUUAAAAGUAUGAAUCUGCAACACACACAGAUCCAAUUUCUGUUUUUAUUUGGAUUAUUGUCAAACAAAAAAAAAAAAUUAAAAAAAAAAAGAUUUUUAAAAAUAAGACCCAGUAAUUUAUGAGUUAUAACCCCGAAAUCCUUCAGCUUAGUUUGAGUUUCUGAUGUAAAAGAGAUGGGGUAAAGACAAGACAAGAAAAAAAAAACAAUAAAACCAAAAUAAAAAUGUAUCGACCUGAAAUCUGUGAUUCAGCAAAGAGGGAAAUGAAAUCAACAAUUGCACAAUUUCUAUCUGCUUUUUUGUCAUUAAAUCGUAUUGGUUUUCUACAA